AUGCCAUCAACCCGCUCUCCUCCCUCAAACCCGAUUUCCUCCCCCCCCCUCUUUCCCCGCCCCCCAACCAACCAUCUUUCUCCCUCUUCUUCACACCCCAGGACUAUCAUUGACACGCCCAUCACCGGGUCUCUUCCAGACGCCUUCAGUGCCCUCUCCUCCCUCACAGCACUCACUUACUUCCCCCCCUUGCCCUGCUGCCCUCCUAUCCCUCCCUUCCAUCCCCCCUCUCAUCCCUCCCUCCCAUCCCUCCCUCCCGCCCCUCCCUUCCCUCCUGUCACCCCACUUUUUCGUACUCCCUCCCCUCACCCUAAUCCGCAACACUGCCCAUUGUGGCCUUUUCUUGGCCUUGCCAAGCACCUUACUCCCCCCUUGCCCUGCUGCCCUCCCAUCCCUCCCUCCCAUACCUCCCUCCCAUCCCUCCCUCCCACCCCUCCUUCCCCUCCCCAGCACCAUCCGCAACACCACCCUGGUGGGUCCUCUCCCUUGUGCACUGCAGUCUCUCUCACUUCCCUCUGUGGCCCGCUCCCCUCCUUUUUUCCCCUCGCCCUUCCCAUCUCUCUCUCCCCUCCUCUACCUCCCUUCCUCUUGCCCUACCCAUCUCUCCCUCCCCUCCUCUACCUCCCUUCCUCUUGCCCUUACCAUCUCUCCCUGCCCUCCCCAGCACCAUCCGCAACACCACCCUGGCGGGUCCUCUCCCUUCUGCACUGCAGUCUCUCUCAGCGCUGCAAUAUCUCACUGCAAUACCUCAAGAUAGGCAACUGGCAUCUCAACGGGUCUAUUCCUGGUGAUAUAGGCAACCUGAAGGCGCUCACUUUCCUGGAUAAAGGGGGGUUGGGAGGGGUGGAGGAAAGGGGGGAGGGGUGGAGAGGAGAGGAGAGGGCGGGAGAGGGGUGGGGAGGGGUGGAGAGGGGUGGUGAGCUGCAAGGGGUGGACUUAUACGGACCCUUUCCAGAGUCCACUGCCCAUCACCCAACCACCCGCCCAGCCCAAUACUUUGUACCUACCUGCUCACCUCACCCCCCCUUUCCCACCCUUCUCUCCUUUUUCCCCCCUAAAGGGAGCUGCAAGGGGCGGAUAUGGAUGGGCCCUUCCCAGAGUCCGUCACUCAACCGCCCACCCACUCAUUUGUACCUGCUCGUCCCCCCGUUCCUCUCCGCAUUCCCCGCCCCCCAUUGA